UUCGCCUUCAGAGUCAUCUCUUCCCUUCCAGAAUCAUAAGAAAAACGAACUCUUGUAGAAAACCCAGAAGGAUAGCACGUAAGUUACAGUCAUGGCGGAUCGCCCACAGCAGAUUCAAGUGCAUCACAUUCAGCACCCACAGCAUCUCACCGAAGGCAUGAAGAGCCGCUUCCCUGAAAUCCCAGAAAAGGGCCCUUCAACCUCCCAAGUCGUAGCGGUGAUCACCCUCUUCCCUGUCGGUGGUAUCCUGCUCACCCUCGCCUGUAUAACCUUGACCAUCACCGUCAUCGGCUUAGCUUUGACGACACCUGUUUUCGUGAUCUUUAGCCCUGUUUUAGUUCCUGCCACGAUCUUUAUUGGGUUAGCUAUGAUGGGGUUCCUUGCUUCGGGUGUGUUUGGGCUCACAGCACUGUCGGCUUUGUCAUCGAUGUUGAACUAUUUGCGUGGGAAGACGAAAGACGAGUCAGCUGACUUUCCUGAGACGCUUGAUUAUGCGAAGUGGCGCAUGCCGGAAGGAGUGGGCCAAGUUGGCCAGAGGACCAAGGACGUGGACCAAGCCAUACAGAGCAAGGCCCAUGAAGGUGCUCGGGCCCAAGAAGGAGGUCGGACCCAGGAAGGUGGCAGGACGUGAUGAUACCGUUGAAUGGACGGACCUGGCCUAGGUGUGUGCGGUUUUAACGGUGGAUAAGACCUUAUGUGGUGCAUGCGUAGUUUUAUGAGGGUUAUGUAGUGGCUAGGUUUAGUAGUAGGGCUUGUGCUUUCCUUUGAUUAAUUGUACUAGUUAUCUCUAUAGUUUCUACCCAAAAACAAGUAGUUGUUAUCUAUACAGUAACGUAAUAAAUAGGACUAUGGUGGGGCCCGUUGUGCUUUUUUUGUGUGUGAAAA